UUUGCUCCUCCUCAGCCAUAGGGCUUCAUUCUACGUCAGGGGAAUGUUGUAACGUGACUUCUGGGAAUCACUCUUUCUCCCUUAUUCUCGUCUAUUGCACAGGAGUAAGGAAUCGAUGGCAGCAAGUAUUUGAGACUGGAUUGUUCUACAAACAGAUCUGCAGAUGGUCAGAAGGGAAGGUGAAAUGUGAAAAAUGGCACAAUGAGCAAAGACGGCUUUGUAGCUUUCCUGUAUGUCUGUAUAUACAUUCUGCUGCAACAGGAGCGAGCAUGGGGCUGUACCCUAACAUCUGAUAAUUUCCGAACUGUUUUGGAAUGGCAGACUAAGGAGUCGAACUGUGAUAUUCAACUGUUUAAUGGUUCCGAGUGGAAUUCCCUAUCUACCGAUGUGGUACCUGUUUGUAAAGAUGGAUCCUGCAAAGUUGACCUCUCCUGGCAAAUGCUUAAUAUUUAUGCUGAUUAUCAGGCAAAGAUACUAUGCCCCCAUGGUUCCAAGGAACUCAACUGCACUACACCAGUGCUUCAACUUUACAAUGACGUGAUCCCUGGUCCACCGCUAUUGAAUGUGUCUCUUGAAGAUGGGAAAUUGCAUAUGUGUGUGUCCCUUCCUCUUGCCCCAGGAAUCACAUCGAAUAGCGCCCCACGUCCCAUACAAAGUAUUUUGAAGAAACUGCAAAACCUCAUCCUUACUGUUACUACGGGGAAUCUUACCUAUUGCAGUGAGCAUAUAAUUCUGAAUAAAUUGCACUGUAUGGACUGCAAAGACUUACUACCAGACAGCGAGUACUGUGCCACCGCAACCUUUAGAGAUCACCAUGGAAAGAGUGCAAGGAAGUGCGUGAUCAAUAGGGACUUUCGCAGACUAACCUAUGCAGUUAAAGCUGCCUCGCCGUUAGUGAUCUUUGUUUUCGUCAUUUUGGUCUGGGGCUACAAGGCCCACACUUCUCUUCCAAAACCUAAAGUCUUGGAAUUUCCUUAUCAUUUUCCUCGCACUCUGUUGCUAAAAGAAAAUAAGGUUAUAAUUGACUCUUUGUCCCUGAUGCCACCGAAGUGGGAAUAUGAAUCUACCAAAACACAGUUUGUCAAAUAUGAACGAAAUGGUUUCCUUGAGCAGCUUGAUCCAGGUUCAGUGGAAGAAGUGGAAGAGACAUGGGGAUCAGGGGAGACUUCUGAGUGCAGUGUAGCAAUUUUAUCUGCCAGUCAAGAGGAGACACCACAACCAUUCACUCAUAUCCCAGAGGAGUGGAACAAUCUUUCUAAUAUCAACCUCAAUUCCAUCCUGGUGAUGGAGAAAGAAAGCAAUCUAGAAGGACUGGUGGUAGAUGGAAAGCCAAGUGCGGCAGACCAGGACGUUGUUUCUGUAGCAGAUAGCUCAGAAUUAUGGAACAGUGACAAAGAGGAGGAUAACUGCGAGGAGCAGCUGCAGCAUUUCUCUGGUUAUGAGCGGCAAGGUGGAACAUUAUUUCUUAGUCCUGUGCAUUAAAUUGGGGGAUUUUAUUAACUUAAUGCAGCAAAAUGAAUAAAGGUAAUGUAUCCGA